GGCGCAGGCGCAGCCGGGCGGGGGCGGAGCCCGACGUCCCAGAGCGGCGUCUCGGGGAGGGCAGGCAUGGCGGGGAGCGCGGAGGAGGAGGUAGCCUGGCUGACGCGGGCCGUGCAGGCCCUCGGGUGCGCGGCAGACUCCCCGGGGAAGGGAGCCGGGCCGGAGGCGGAGGCGGAGGCGGGAGCGAGGUUGGCCGAGGCCGCGGCCCGCGGAGCGUCGUGCGCCCACUUCCGAGCCCUGUGCGCCCGCCUGGCCGCCCAGCUCGGCGCGCUGGGGGCCCUGAAGGAAGGCGCGGCCCUGAGCGCCGGGGACGCUGACGGCCCCGAAACGGAGGACUGCUUCCUGCUGGAGCUGAGCGACCUGCUGCGGGAGCUCCACUGCCCGGACCGGGCCCUCACGACGGGGAACCCCACGGCUCGGCUCCGGGACCCCGGCAGCAGCCUGCGCCUGCUUCGCUUUCUCCUCUCCGAGCUCCAGGCAGCUCGCCUCCUGAGCCUGCGCAGCCCAGCUGCCCCCUGCCAUGCCGAGGCUCAGGAGGAAGCUCAGGGGGAGCUGGCCUUGACUCUCCAAGCUCUGGGGAUGCCCCAGCCAAAGCCAGGAACCUCCGCCAGCCAGUUGCUGAGAGAUGUCCAUGCCAAGAUCUCAGACUUGCUUCCUUCACUGCCCCCUGGACACCUGGAGCCCCUUCUCACUCAGCCUCUGGAUGCUCCCCGAUGGGAGGCCCUGAGUAACCUCUCCAGCUGCCUGCAGGAUCAGUAUUGCUACCGCCGCCGUCUCAUGCUGACCAGGCUGGAUCUCACGGCAUCUGCCUUCCACUGGACAGAGAGGGCCCAGACCCAGGGUACUGCCAUGACAAACGUCUUGAACCCCCUACGUCAGGGGUUGGCCCCCGAGUCUGACAUCUCCCUUGCCCACGUCUUGGCUUCCCGGGCUGACCUCUCCCGACUGGUCCCAGCCACAGGCCGGGCGGCCCGUCUUGUCACUUGCUGCCCCAUCAAUAAGGUGCUGAUGGGCCCGGUCCCUGACCGAGGUGGCCGGCCCAAUGAGCUGGAGGCCCCCAUGCCCACCUGGCAGAGCCGUAGGGAGGCCGGGCACCAACGCUGGGCACGGAAGAAGAAAAGACGGUGAACAGGAUGCUGCUGCCCUCCCAGGGUCCAUCGGGAGACCUCUGUCAGUGGGGGAGGGGCGAUCUGAAGGACCCCAGGGUUUGCAUCCAGUUCCCUCUGGUUCUCAUACUCACCAAAGCCAAGAUUUCUGGAAAAAUAGAUUUAAUUUACAAUA